AUGAUCGGGUGUUUCAAAGACCCAACAUAUGUUUUGAUGAGGGUUUUGCUGUGUAAGAUCCAGUGCCCUUCUUUCAUCUGCUUCAGUAAGCCUUCUCCUCACAUCUACGCAUCAGGUUCACCGAAAUCAGAGAACACUCCUGAAGUGUCUUCUUCCACUACUACAACGGUUGUUGAUGAUGAUGAUGACGACAAUGAUGAUCAUGAUUAUGUUGAUGCGCAUGUAGAAGAAGAUGUUGAUCAUGUGGAUGGUUUGUUGAAUGAGGAAGAAGAUUGUGCUGCAGAGGAGGAAAAGGAAGGUCACUGUAGUGGGGAAAUUCUGAAAAGCAGUCUGAGAAAGGUGGAUUCAGAUUCAGAAGAUGGUGUGACAAAGGAGAAGAAGAAGGUACAGUGGGUGGAUUUGAUGGGGAAAGAUCUUGCUGAGAUCCGUGAAUUUGAGUGUAGUGAAGAAGACAAUAUCAGAUAUGAUGGCGAAAAAAGCUGCGUUUGUGUUAUUCUGUGA